CUGGUCAUAAAGGUGAAGUUUACGUCUUUUCCUGUAGUGAACUGAGGUGAAGACGGCGAGCCAGACUAAAUAAGCGCAUUUAAAGACUUGUUUUGAUUAAUUUAGACCGAGACAAAGCUGUCCGAGUCGACACAGGCAUCCUGGAUAAGUUUUAACCAGCGUUAGAGAGAAGGAGCUACACCCCCAGCGUCAAUGGAAAUCUCUGCACAAGACCAGCAAGUUCCCCCCUCCCGUCCUGUGUCCACGCCUGCUCCUGAUGAUUCACUGACAGAUGAACCUCAGACCAGAGCAGACUUCUUAAAAUAUUACUGUCACCUCACCCUGGACCCAAACACGGCGUACAGAGAGCUGGUUCUGUCUGAGGAGAACAGAAAGGUGCAGCUGUCCGAUUUAGUCCAGGAAUACCCUGAACACCCGGACAGGUUCUCUCACCUCUACCAGGUGCUGUGUAAAGAGGGUCUGUCUGGACGUUGUUACUGGGAGGUGGAGUUUGAAGGUUCUGUUGAAAUAGCGGUGGCGUACAGAGAUCUGGGCAGAUCGGACUAUUAUUCCGAAUGUGCGUUUGGCUGCAACGACAAAUCCUGGAGUGUAGACAUAAACGGAAACGAUAAAUGUUUCAGACACAACGAUGAGGAGACUGCGGUGCCGGAGCCUCAGUCCUCCAGAGUCGGCGUGUAUCCUCGAUCAUAAGGCAGGUAGUCUGACCUUCUACUGCGUCUGUGACACGACGCUGCAGCUGCUGCACAGAGAAGAAACCACGUUCACCAAGCCGCUCUAUCCCGGGCUGUGGGUCAUAGACACUGCCCAGCUGUGUGACCUGCAGUAGAGGUCCAGCCAAAAAGUGUCUCAUGGUGGACGAGAGGGGGGGGGGGGGACAUGGUGCCCCCAUGUUUGAUAAAAUCACAGCAAAAGCGCCCUCUUAGAUAAAACAUGAUAAAGUGCCCUCAUGGAUUACUGAAUGGACUUACCAGGGAGGUAAAUAAAAGAUAUAUAUUUUUGAAUCAGAAAGACUGUUGGUGUUAAUGAUGGGUUGAUUUUAAACAAAUCACAAUAAUAAUGUAUCUUUAAAAUUUUAAUUUCUAGUCAUACUAGAGCCAUGGCUCCAUGUGUGUAAAUGUUGUCGGUCGGUUCAUCACUUCGGAAGGAUUGUCAGAAAAUGUUCAGUCAUGUUCCCCAGCGGAUGAAUUCAAAUGACCUCUGAACCCAAAAGGUUGGAUGUUUCAGUGACAGAGCACCUUAUUUGUUUUCUCAGCCACAACUGAGUGACAUGUGGAGCUAAGUUAAAUUAUUUUGUGUUACAUUUUUCACACUGCAUUUUACAGACAUUGCUUAAUUGGGGUACCAGUUGCAAUGUCAGUGUCAUUAACUGUCAUGUUUCUUGUGUCACUUGAUUACUGAUUGUACCUUUUUCUAGUUUCCCAAAUUGAUUGCACACUUUUAACACUGGAAUAAUUUAACAUGGGGCGGAACUAUACAUGUUUUGUUUACUGUUUGAGUGUGUAUAUAAAUGUGUUUAUAAAAUUAAUUAAAACAAU